AUGUCACGAAACUGGCUUUUGUUUGUCGUUUUCUUGGUCGGUAAUUCGGUAAACGAACGUGUAUUUGGCGUGCCUGUCUUCACGCAGAGAAACUACAUCCUUAGUGUGGCGGAGGAACAAGGAAUCGACGUUUCCGUGGCUCAAGUCCUAGCAAUCGAGUCGACGACGGGACUUCCGGGCCAGAAUUACGUUUAUUCAUUGCUGGAUGGAGAUGACAGCGACUCGUUUCGAAUUAGCAAUACAACGGGUGUUGUAUACAACCGCGUACGUCUAGAUCGAGAGGCUGUAGACAACGUGACAGGCGUGGACAAAAUCUAUCAUUUCCGAGUGCACAUACGGGACUCUUCGAGCAAUAAUGACACAUCACCAGUGACCAUCUAUCUUAUUGAUGUCAACGAUCAUUAUCCGGAUUUUCAGCAAGAAACGUUUUUUAUUAAUCUGCUGGAGGAUUCGGUUCCCAGCACGACAGUGACAGUUGUGUCUGCACACGAUCCUGACAAAGUGCAAAGAUCGGAGGUAUUACUGCUACAACCUGAUGGAACAUUGACGAAAACGUAUCGAUAUGACAUUUCCAAUGGCAGGGUUUUGUACAGUUUGAUUGCUGGAAAUGAAUCGGGUUACUUCUUGUUGGACAUUGAAAGUGGAGCCAUAACUUUGACAUUUAAAUCGAACGGUCAAUUUGAUGUGACUCUGAAUCAAUUGUUUAACCUGACUGUGACAGCAACAGAUGGUGGAAAUCUCACAGACACAGCAAAUCUGCUCAUUCGGAUCACCGAUGCUAAUGACCAUGCACCUGUUAUCGAAGAACCUUCAGAGUUACACUUCAAUUUGAGUGAGGCAACUCCUCCGGGUAUUACUCUCUUGAAUUUCAUAAAUGUGACAGACGAUGAUUUCGGAGUUAAUGCAAACAUCACGUUUUCCAUUGAGUCUGGAAAUUUGAAUAAUGGUUUUGAUAUUAACCCUCACACUGGCCAAAUUCGAACUGCUAAUUCUCUUGAUAGAGACUCGUUGCAUGGACCGAUUAUGUUUCUUGUUGUUGUUGCUAGAGAUGGAGGCGUGCCUCAUCUAGAAGACAAGAUCACUAUCACUGUGCUCUUGUCAGAUGUCAAUGACAAUCCUCCUGCGUUUCCUUCUGAUCCAAUAAAUGGUUCUGUAUCAGAAGGAGCGUUUGGCAAUACUGAAGUCCUCGUUCUAAAUGCUCAAGAUCCAGAUGAAGGAAUAAACUCAUCAGUUGUAUACAGACUGAUUACUGGAGAUGAUGGACUGUUCUCACUAGAUACAAUAACAGGAAUGAUACGUACUCGUGUUGUCUUGGAUCGAGAGCAAAAUUCAUUUUACAGUCUCACAGUGGCAGCCAAUGACUUGGCAGUGAAUGAGUCUCUCCGGCAAACAUCAACUGUUCUGGUUCAUAUUUACGUGACUGAUCUCAACGACAAUGUACCUCAAUUCGAACAGACUUUCUAUUAUGUGGGCUUGCUUGACAACACAACAAUUGGUAGCUCUGUUCUUCAAAUCACAGCCACUGAUGCUGAUGCUGGUGCAAAUGCUGAGAUAAGGUAUGAGACACUAUUUUCUGAGAGAAAUGCCUUUGAUGUCAAUGAGGAUACAGGCAUCAUAAGAUCGAAAAUUAAUCUUAAUUUUCAAGUGAAACAGCUGUACAUGAUGACAGUACGAGCAUGGGACAAAGGAUCGUCACCGCGAUACACAGACACUUCCAUUACUCUUGAAAUACAUGAUGUGAAUGAAAACCCACCAGUUUUUCUUGCACAUGAGUAUAAUGUGACAGUAACUGAAGACGCAGCCAUUGGUUUCAGUGUUCUAUCUGUCAGUGCUAGAGACAGAGACAAUGGCCCUAUAGGAGACAUUACCUAUCAUGUAAUUGCUGCUGCACCGAUGGAAUUAUUUGAAGAAGGGGCAGGAACAUUUGAAGUGAACAGAACAACUGGUGAAGUGUUUGUCAAUUCUUCUCUAGAUAGAGAUCAAAGCUCCAUCAUUGUAUUCCGUAUAUCUGCUCGAGAUGGCGGGUUUCCUCAUCCUUUUGAAGACACCACCCUUGUCCGAGUCACUCUUGACGACAUCAAUGAUGUUGCCCCGUAUUUUCCCACUCCUGUCAUCGGAAGAGUACUAGAAAAUCAGCCGUCUGUGCCAGUCUUCUAUGUGUCAGCCACUGACCCAGAUUCUGGUUCAGGAGGCAUGGUAUCAUAUGAAAUUUACUCUGGGAACACUCUGGAUUCAUUUGAAAUAAACAAUCUGACCGGAUUAGUGAUGACAAAACGGACUUUAGAUAGAGAGCAUAUAUCAGAAUACGUGCUUACUCUCGCUAUGCGAGACUUCGGUCAACCUUCACUUCUUGGAUAUGGUAACAUCACGAUUAUGAUUGGAGAUGCCAACGACAAUGGCCCUUACUUUGUUGCCAAUUUUAGUGGCGAGAUUACAGAGGGAACGGCACCAGGUGCACAGGUAGCAGUACAAGUACAGGCAUUAGACUUGGAUGUUGGAUCUAAUGCACAGCCAACAUAUACAAUCAUCUCAGGAAAUGAAAUGUCAAGAUUUCGAAUAGACAACUUUACAGGAGAAGUGACGGCUACUGUAAUGCUGGACAAGGAGGAAAAUUCAUUUUAUGUGUUGGCUGUGCAGGCAACUGAGGGAGUGCCAUACUACCGUUCUGCCACGACUCACGUUUUUGUUACUGUUGGAGAUGCCAAUGAUAAUCCUCCAGUGUUUACAGAAUUGGUGUAUGAAGGGAUGGUAUCAGAGGGAUCUGAUAAUGGAACUGAAAUCCUUCUAGUGACUGCGACUGAUGUGGACACUGGCACAAACGCUGUGAUUACUUAUUCAUUGGAAGAUAGAGACAUGUUUGGAAUAGAUCCUGUGACAGGAAGUAUGUUUGUUGCUGGGACUUUGGACAGAGAAAGAGCAGCCUUCUAUGUUGUAUCGGUGACUGCUACAGACCAUGGUCGACAGCCAGCUUUUUCCAUGGCACUCAUCAAUAUCACUAUUUUAGAUGUGAACGACGUUGUUCCUUCUUUUGUUGAAAGCAAUUACUCAGCUGCAUUUAGUGAAGAUGUACAGCUGGGGUUCUCUAUCGCCACCGUUUCAGCUUAUGAUCUUGAUGUGGAUUUCAUCAAUAAAGACUUUGAGUAUGCAAUACUCAGUGGUGACCCUUACCGGUGGUUUUCGGUUCAUCCAACAACAGGUGUUAUAACUGUUGUAAAAUCACCUGAUAGAGAAGCUAUACCAUUUCCAAUGGUCACAGUUGGAGCUGUAAACACAGCCACACCUUCUCUCACUGGUACAACUUUGCUUCUAAUUGAGCUAUUUGAUGUAAAUGAUAGUCCACCUCAGUUUGCUGAAAAACAUUUCAAUAUUAGUGUUCCCGAAAACAGCUUGUCUUCGUCUUCUGUUGGAUAUAUUGUGGCUACUGAUCCUGAUCUGGGAGAAAAUGCCUCUCUUAGUUUUCGCAUUACACGGGACAGUAGCAGACCGUGGAGUAGGUUCAGAAUAAAUCAAACUUCUGGACUGAUUACAACUCGACUAACUAUAGACAGGGAACGGGUAUCAUUUUACACUCUAGAAGUAGAGGCAAUUGAUAUGGGACAACCUCAGCAAACAAGCCGUGUGGGUGUGACAGUUCAAGUAUUAGACGAGAAUGAUAGCCCUCCUGUGUUUACUAAACAAAUUUUUGAAAUUUCAAUUCCAGAAGACAUUGAAAUUGGAUCCAUAGUUGGUUCAGUUGAUGCCAUUGACAAAGACAUCGGUGGCAAUUCUGAAAAGAACUACACAUUUAUUGGUGGAAGAGAUUUUACUGCAAACAACUUCUUGUUGAAUUUGUCUACAGGGGUGGUAGCGACUGCAUCAUCUUUCGACAGAGAGGUGCAAUCAGACUAUCAGCUAGAGGUGAUGGUAACUGAUCGGAAUGAUGCAGAAUAUAGAGAUUACGCAAAUAUUACCAUCAUAAUAACUGAUGUGAAUGACAACAUUCCUACGUUUAUGUCGACUUCAUACAAUGUCUCAGUGCGUGAAAACAUGGGAGUUGGCACUCAUCUCUUGACCAUUGUUGCAACAGACAGAGACAUUGCAGUUGAUGGAGCUAUUGAAUAUUUAAUUUUGCCUUCUAAUGACCUCGUGUUCUUUAGCUUACACAAUGAAACAGGAGUGUUAAAGACAGCAAGAUAUCUCGACAGAGACUCUCAAGAAGACUAUCUGCUUACAGUUAUGGCAAACAACAGUCUGUCAUCUCGGUUUCUAGCAAGUUAUGUUAACGUAACUAUCCACUUGGAAGAUCUCAAUGACAACAGGGCAAUGUAUGACAAUCUGAUAGUUGAAUACUCAAUAUCUGAAGACACAGCUGUGGGCACUGUUGUCUUUGUUGUCCCUGCGAUUGACCAGGAUGAAGGCAAGAAUGGGACAUUGUCAUUUGAGUUGGUGUUUGAGAACCAUCAAGGUGCUUUUACAUUGGACAGCCACAGUGGAAUUGUUACUCUCAAUUCUAGUCUAGACAGAGAAAUUCUGGACUCGUACGUUAUUGGGGUUCAAGCAUCCGAUUCUGGUGAUGCUCCACGGGAUGCUUCGACACUCAUUUACAUUUACAUUACUGACGUAAAUGAUGAACCGGUUCUCUUUCCUUCACAAUGUUAUUUUAUUUCCAUUCCAUUUACAGCAACAAUUCAAUCAAGUGUUUUGGAACUUGCAGCUCUUGAUGGAGAUUUGAGUUCUACAUCGAGCCUUACAUAUUCCUUGCUGUCAGGCAACGACUUUCAACUCUUUACACUAGUACAGGUGUCCGGAUCUCGUGUGGCCGAAAUUCGUGUAGCCAAGUCGCUUUUAAAAUACUCAGAUACUGAAUAUAACGUCACAGUUGAAGUGACCGAUGGUAUACACUCCAAUCAAGCAUCAGUUUUUAUCGACAUCUUUGAUACUGCAGCAAGUAAACCCGAGUUUUUGAUGUCACCGUAUUCCAGCUUGAUUGAUGAGAACUCGGGAUUAGCGUCCAGUGUGCUGACUGUUGUAACCACUCCAAUCGGUUCAACCUUCUCUAUCAUAUCAGGAAAUGAUUUGGGCCAUUUUAAUAUCACAUCAACAGGCAUUAUACAGACUGUAUGCACUCUAGACUACGAGUCAAUAUCCGUCUAUCACUUGGGAGUGUCAGCCAAUAACUCUCACGGCAUUGCAUACACUCUCGUCCGAAUUACCGUCCGAGACAACAACGACAACCCUCCUGUGUUUGUUAGUAAAUUGUAUGAGCUGGAUGUAGCAGAGGCGACAGCAAAGACUGACGUCGUUUUGCGGGUUAGAGCUCAAGACAUGGACACAUCACAAGACUCAUCCUCUAUUUUGUACACGCUGAUUUCAUCAGAAAACUCCAACCAUUUUCGUGUUGACGCCACAAGCGGGGACGUUUACCCCAACAGAGUUUUGGACUUUGAGAACGGUCCGCUCAGUUAUGCGUACACAGUGACUGCUACCAAUCAUCUCUCGUCCAAUGCGCUGUCCGAUUCAGCUGAGAUACGAAUCAGCGUCAUCGAGAGCAAUGACAACAAGCCAAGGUUCACUGUAACCGGUCUUGAUCUGACCAUCACCGAGGAUACUCCUGCAAAUACGCCUCUCAUCAACGUGACAGCUACGGAUUCGGACCUCGGGCUAAACGGCCUCAUUACCUACACUCUGAGUGGUGAUUUUGAUGAUAUAACGUUUGUGGUCGAUUCCUGGUCGGGAGAGAUUAUGUCUGGAACUCCACUUGAUCGAGAGAAAAAGGCCGUUUACGUUCUUACAGUGACUGCUACGGACAGUGGAAGCCCGCCUCAGUCUUCCAGCAUUCCUCUUACUAUCAACAUUAUUGACCUCAAUGAUAACUCACCGGUCUGGGCGGUAUAUUUUUAUGAGGCUGAAGUGUAUGAGAAUGUUCCAACGGGAUCGUCGAUCAUAAGCGUGAGAGCUACAGAUCCUGAUCUCGUGGACAGUGUGGUCGACUCUUUGACCGGAACGGUCAGAUAUGUAGUCACAAACGGUCUGGUCCGAUACUCCAUUGCGUCGGGGGACCCCCUGUCUCAGUUUGCUGUUAAUCCUGAGACAGGCGACGUGAGCACAAUGGGAAUACUAGACAGAGAAAAACAGGAUCUGUAUCGCAUUGUACUCAAUGCUAGUGAUGGUGGAGGAAGGUUUGCCUUAGCGCAGCUUGUAGUGACCGUCGUAGAUACCAACGACAACAACCCUGUUUUCUCCCAGUCGUUCUACGCGGCUACUGUUCCGGAAGAUGCACCCGAAGGAACGACCAUUACGAAAGUGGCUGCUACUGACGACGACCUGGAUGUCAGCAGUGAGGUGUCCUUUUCUAUAUUGCACAAUCCUGAAUACAACAGCACGACGCUCUUCAAAGUAAACGACACAACAGGCGUCGUCACAACAGCCGGACGUCUCGACCGUGAGACAGUGCAUCUUCACAGUAUCAUCAUUGUGGCGACGGACGGAGGAAAUACGUCACUCUCUACAGAAGUCGGUCUGAACAUUAGCGUUCUCGAUCUCAACGACAACACACCGACCUUCAUUCGUUCCCAAUUUGAAGGAACGGUCUACGAGAACGCGCUUGUGAAUACAACCGUUGCUACUGUAGAAGCCGUAGACCCAGACUACAAGGAGAACGGAACCGUUCUUUACGAAAUCCUAUCCGGGAACUCUGAGAGGAGAUUUUCUAUCCGUCCAACUACCGGAGAAAUUCUUGUAGCAGACGAUAUCGACUACGAAACAACGCAAAAGUAUGAUCUCGUAGUUCAGGCGACCGACUCAGCUAAUGAAACAUUAAGACGGAGCAGUUCAACGAAGGUCGUCAUCUACGUCAACGACACCAACGACAACACACCAUUCUUCGAUUCGCUCAUAUACAAAACAAGCGCGUCGGAAGCAACCGACAUUGGCAGCAAUCUCACUUUUCCAGUCGCUCACGACCGCGAUUCGGGCCCGAAUGCCGACAUAGAGUUUUACUUGGAUUACCACGGAGACCAGCUGGCUGUUAGAACAUUCAUGGUGGACCCGCUCACUGGAAUAGUGCAAACGAAACGGCAACUGGACCGCGAGGUUCAAGACCGGUUCGUCCUUACUUUGCUUGCGAGAGACCACGGAUCCCCAAUGUUGGUCGGCACGGCGUCCGUCGUUGUAACCGUCACAGACGUCAACGAUAACACACCCGUAUUCUCAAGUCCUGUAUACUCAGCCGCAAUAGCAGAACACUCAACGAUUGGAGCAUUCGUUUUACAAGUUAGUGCGAGUGAUCGAGACGUCGGAAGCAACCGUUUGCUGCGCUUUUCUCUUCUUCAACCUAACAGAAGCCGUACGGACUGCUCGUUUAAUAUUUCCGAUGUUCAUCAACCGUCACCUGUCUUUAGUAUCGAUGCGGUUACAGGAAAUAUAAGUGUGGCUGGCCGCUUGGAUAGAGAGGCGGAAGACAAUUUCGUUGUCAUAGCGACAGUAACUGACCAACCGAUCGAGAGAGAGGCCUCUCGUACUUCACGAGCUUGUGUUCGUAUAACAGUCACCGACAUCAAUGAUCAACCUCCACUGUUUGUUCGACAAAGUUAUUCAGGAUUUAUUCAAGAGAACGUCGAUCCGGGCACGGCCAUCUUGCAGGUGUCGGCCAUUGAUGACGACGACGUCGGUGCGAACUCUGAGAUUGAGUACAGCAUUGCCAUCUCCACGACGUCGUUCGUCAUAAAUUCGACCUCAGGAGUCAUAUACAGUAACGACCGUUUCAACAGAGAAGUAACCGAUAUGUAUAGAUUGACUGUUGUGGCGACUGAUCUCGGGAUGCCGAGGCUACAGAGUCCCAUUCCUGUCACCAUAACGGUGACGGACGUCAACGAAUUCUCUCCAACAUUUGUUGAUAUAUCUGGCGUGGAGGUGACUCAUUAUGAAGGAGUCGUGUUUGAAAACAUGCCUUCCGGAACGACUGUGCUUCAAGUGUUCACGACCGACCAGGACGUCGGACGAAAUGCUGAUAUUUCUUAUGCAUUUGUAAGUAGCCCGUAUGCUGAUCAUUUUGUGAUUAACUCGAGCAGCGGGCUUGUCACCACGUCUCGCCCGUUGGAUAGAGAAACGAUCUCGUUGUACGAGUUGACCGUGAUAGCAGUCGACAACGGAUUACCGCACCCGCUGAGCUUGACGGUAAGCAUCAACGUGACUGUCCUGGAUCGCAACGACGAGGCUCCAGCCUUCACUACCUCCAACUACUCCGUUUUCAUAUCCGAAGGAGCCCCUCUUAAUCAACCCGUGCUGACAGUCUUAGCAAGCGACUUGGACGACGGUACGCACGGUAUGAUACUCUACUCUAUAAGAUCACAGACACCAAGCUGGAACCACUUUUCAAUUGAUUCAGUCUCGGGACAUAUCACCGUGGCAGCAACUCUCGAUCGAGAGUCGACACCAUCCUACCAGUUGAUUGUAUACGCGACAGACCGCGGAGACGCUCCGCUUUCGAGUUCAACGUUAGUAACAGUAAGUCUGUACGACGAGAACGACAAUCGACCCACAUUUAGUCCGAGCAGCUACGUCGGAGCCGUCGACGAGGGCUCCGAGAACGGAACGGUCGUCGUCCGCGUGAGUGCGACAGACCGCGACGUCGACACGCAUAACAGAGCGAUAGAGUAUCGCAUCGUAUCGGGCAACAACGCGUCUCGAUUUCAAAUCGAUCCUCAAACGGGUGACGUCAUCGUAUCAGGAAAACUCGACGCGGAAAGUAUCGAUCAGUUUACUCUAUGGGUUGCGGCUAGUGACGGAACGUUGAACAGCACGGCGGCCGUGGUUGUCUAUGUUUUGAAUGCUAACGACAACAGACCGAUUUUCGGGCAGAGAGCCUACACGUUUGCAAUUAACGAGAACUCAUCACCAGGAGAUUACAUCGGCACGGUCGCGGCUCUAGACCGAGACAAUCAGACAGUCGCCUAUUCCAUUGUCGACAACGACACGCAUACUGACUUCUACAUUGACUCGACGUCUGGGAUGUUGUACGGCACGACAUAUUUUGAUUACGAGAACGUUUCGUCGUACGAUUUUACCGUCAGAGCGACCGACCAGGGGUUCGUCGAGCUUCAGACGACGGACGUCAACGUGACCGUCACGAUAAUCGAUCUCAACGACAAUGCGCCCGUGUUCGACAGAUUGAUGUAUAACGUAUCCGUCUUCGAGGACAUUCCGAUAGGAGCCGUCGUGCUACAGUUGCGUGCGUCGGACGCCGACAGUACGUCGAACGGGAGGCUCACGUACAUACUGAACAGAACGGAAAUCGGAGCCGAUCACUUUGCCGUGGACUCCACGAAUGGCACCGUUUUCAGCAUGAGUUACCUCGACCGUGAAACCAUUUCAUUCUACCGGCUCGAGAUAGUCGUUGAAGACAACGGAUUUUUAAGGAAAAUCGACGGCAGUCAUAUUGAAAUCAAUAUACUAGAUAUCAACGAUAAUUUUCCGAUUAUUUCUGCGCCUGCGUACGAGUCUUCUCUGUACGAGAACGGGCCGUCUCUGCUGCCCUUGUUGCAACUGUCUGUCGACGACAUCGACGCGAACGAGAACAGUCGAGUUUUACUCAACAUAACCGCAGGAAACCAAGACGGACAGUUUGCUGUUAACGCAACAACAGGCCUCGUCUACACUCUUGCGCCAUUGGAUCGCGAGUUUCGGGUGACCUACAAGCUCAACGUCACAGCUUUCGAUCACGGCCGCCCGCCUCUGUCGAGCACCGUUGGCCUACUAAUAACAGUCUUGGAUCUUAACGACAACGACCCAGCAUUUUCUCAUCAGAGCUACGCCGUCGCCGUGAGCGAGAGCGCCAUUCUCGACACCACACUAUUUACUAGCGUCGCCACCGACCCCGACGACGGCACGAACUCUCGACUCUCUUACCGCAUCCGAGACGGAAACGCUAAUCUCAACUUUGGCAUCGACCGGCGAAGCGGCUCGAUAACGACCAAGAAGUAUCUCGACCGCGAAGCGACGGAGAGAUACGAAUUGAUAAUCGAGGCGACGGACGGCGGCGCGCCCGCCCGUCGAUCGUCCACGCGGUUGAAUGUCACCGUCUCCGACGUCAACGACCACGCGCCGAAGUUCCUGUUCGCGUUCUACACGAUUUCGGUCGCCGAAGAUGCGAAAGUUGGCACGUUUAUUACACGGCUGGUAGCGACCGACGCCGAUGAGGGAAUCAAUGCUCGUUUGCGAUAUCGCAUCAUGAUUGGAAAUGAGAACGGUCUUUUUGCCGUCGACGGUCCCACCGGUACUGUGACGUUGAACGGGAGUUUGGACUAUGAAACGAAAACUGCGCAUGUCAUUACAGUGGAAGUUCGAGAUGGUGGCUCACAGUUAGAUGGUGAGUUCGACGCCUCGACGGCUUUAACAGUGAAAGUGCUCGAUAGGAAUGAUCACAAGCCUCGCUUUGAUUCGGACACGUUCAGGACAAGUCUGAGUUCGAGGACCGUGAUUGGGUCGUUGGUUGCGAUGACAACUGCUCACGACGUCGACUUUGCCACUAAUUUUCUGACGGGAAUUCGGUAUAGUAUCGUUGGUGGAAAUGAACUCGGAUUGUUUGGGAUUGAAGAAUACACAGCGGCCGUCACGACAAACAAACAGCUCAGUUCCUAUGGCAACACCACCUUUUAUCUCAACAUAUCCGUAACGGACGGAGAUUUCUUUACAUACUGCACGCUGAUUGCAGAUAUUGUAGACGAGGCGACGUUGCUGCCACUCUUUCCCAAGUCUUCCUUUAGAGCAAGCGUUCCUGAAGACACUGCGCCGGGGUCGGAGGUCGUACAUCUGAAUGCUUCCACUGCAUCAAACUACACCAUCGUCACAAGCGACUUAAGAGAUUUCUUCACUAUUGAUCGUUUCGGGAUCAUUCGGACAAGAAAAAGCCUGGACUACGAACAGAGCAGGACGUACGGGUUAUCGGUUGCAGCUGUUAACGUCGCUGGACUGACGGCUUAUACUUUCGUUUGUAUUACAGUCGUCGACGUGAACGACAAUGCACCGGCCUUUGAAACGACUUUGUACACUGCGUCACUCAAUGAGACAUCCGCAUUGAGAAGCUUCGUGAUUUUGGUAAAAGCGACCGACGCCGAUUCCGCAUCGAACGCCGAAAUAGAAUACGACAUUGUAAGCGGCAACGACCACGGAUGGUUUGUCGUCGGCAGGUCUUCUGGACUGAUAAAUACGGCAAUGAGUAUCGACCGAGAAACGACACCGAUUGUCACUCUUAACGUCACAGCGUCAAAUUUUGCUGCGAAUCCGAGGUUGGUGGGAUAUGCGUCUGUGAGAGUCGAGAUUCAAGACUUCAACGACAAUAAUCCGUCGUUUGCUUUGGAUGAAUACCGAGUUUCCACUCCGGAAGACACUCGCCCCGGGACGACGAUCAUUCGGACGACAGCCGACGACCUCGACGACGGGUUGAACGGCCGUGUUACGUACUCUUUGACGAGCGACAUAUUUGCAGUGAAUGACAGUACGGGUGACAUUUACACUCUCGCGUCGCUCAACCGCGAGGCUCAGUCGUCAUAUACUCUCGUCGUCACGGCGACAGAUUCUGGAUCGCCCGUCCGUAAGGACGACUCCACGACCGUAAACGUUGAAAUCACGGAAGUCAACGAAAUGGCUCCCGUUUUUGACACGACUGUCUACCACUUCUCUAUACCGGAGGCAUCACAGGUCGGAGCCGUCGUCGCCGUCGUUCGCGCCGUCGACCCAGACACAAACAGCAGUGACGUCAUCAGAUAUUCUAUCACGUCAGGCAACGAAGCGGGACGAUUUCGCAUCGAUUCUGUUAGUGGAGACGUGAUCAUCAACGGAAUUCUGGACUUUGAGAAGACAUCUGUGUAUAACUUACAAGUGUAUGCGCAAGACUCGGGUUUCCCCCCUCUCAGUUCAUCAGUUCUCGUCCAAAUCGUCGUCACCAAUCAAAACGAGCAUGAACCGAUAUUUACCCGUGCGGAAUACAAGAUAAACAUUCCCGAGAAUAUCCCUAUUGGAACAUCCGUAAUCAUUGUCACGGCGGUGGAUGCCGACCGCAACCAGACCAUAACCUAUCACGUGACGACCAAUAGUUAUGGGUCGAAAGGCCAAGAGCUGUUCCGAAUCGAUGAGUCAACCGGUGAGAUAACCGUUGCUGCGCUUGUUGACCGCGAAUUCAAGAAGACUCACGUGUUGUUCGUAACUGCGAUUGACACCGGGUUCUCCACCCGACUUUCUACGACUGUGAGAGUCACUUUUAUCGUUUUGGAUCUAAACGACAACUUUCCCGUAUUUGCGGCCAACGUCGUCCACGCCACCGUUCCCAGGCUUCCUCCGUCGCCCAUUUCUGUGACGCGAUUCCAUGCUACAGACCUUGACGAAUUUCACGGGAAUAUCAAAUACUCGUUCACGUCCGGCAACGAAGGUCAAUUCUUCCAAAUCGACAACGUAACCGGUCACGUGACCACAACCAAAAUCUUAGGCGACAACGCGGUAUCUGUCUAUAAUAUUACUGUCGAAGCAAGCGACGGAUUUUUAACUGCUCUGGUAUAUUUAAUCAUAUCUACGACAUAUUCAAGUGAUUUUUGUCUUCCUCGGGUGUGCUAUAGAACAGAACCAUCUGUUAUCGAUGGAGGCGACCAGCAAUGUCCAAACGGUUGGAUUGCCAGCGAGAGCGGACACCACUGUACCUUUUCCUAUUGCAACAUCUCCUCCAUGGUCGUUUGCCCUACAAACCAAACCUGUAUUCCGGAAGGGAGGUCGUGCAACGGAACUUGCUUGGAGGAGGGUCACGCCAGAUGUCCAGUGACCGAUUACUGCGAAAAGACGGGCAAUGUGACGUCGUUCUGCGAUCAGACCAGCGCGACAUGUUACGACGGUUACGUCAGGGUUAGGACGUCUGAUGGAUCAGAAUGGUGUCAGAAGGGGGGCACACACGUGGAUGUAACCGCAAGAUAUUGUGUCGGUCGUCACCUGACUUACUGUGUGGAGAAAGACGUAUGUGUGCAUGUCGGUCUUGUUGAUGAGAAUUCGAUCCAUCCGUGUCAGCUGUGUCCAGAUGGGACUUUGCCGUGCUCUGAUACGUUUACCUGCGUUAGCAAUCUGUCUCACUGCUGUCCCCUUGGUCAGUUUUACUGCAAUCUUACUGCAGUGUGUCUCAACGAGAGUCAGACGUGCGUACUGCCGAAUACUCCUCCCACGCUCCUGUCACCGCUUUUAUUCCUCGGUUCAUUGGACGAGGUGGCCCACGAAAAGGGAGUCUCUGUAGAGUUUCUUAUGUUGACAAGUGGAUACCUCGAGACUCAGCAUCCGUCCGGAUACGACGAAGAUGGUGACUUGCUGAGUUUGGUCAUAACGGAGAUCGACACAAAGGGUGGUGUGUGGGAGUACACGCAUUGCACCAAAUUGUUGCACAACGUGACAAAGUUAUGUGGGGAACUCGAUGUCUCACCCAAUAUUUCAGGAUCUGGAUAUGGUAGUGGAAUUGAGGUCAUGAUCAAUGACUCGUGUUGCUUAUUGUACGACGAAGUUUGGCGUCCGAUAGAAUACGUCAACGAGACUGCCUCUUUGGCAUUGCCACUUUUGUCUCGCAUUCGAUUGCGGAAAGCCCAUCUGUUUCAAGGUGCCGCAUGGUUCAAGUUUAGAGUUUGGGAUGGGUCGGAGCGCGGCGAGCUAAGCAAAACAAGGCACGAGGUCUUUUAUGUGCCCUCAGAGCGCAUUUCUACGGCGUAUUACGAUGGCACUUCGUCUUUCAGUAUGGACUCCGGCCUUGCGACGUACCUGAUACGAUCCCAAUCGACAACACUGGGACAUCCAUAA